CUGAAAAGUGCGUCUGCGUAAACCCGGAGAACUGCUGAGGGGCUCAGAUAUCCUAAAACUAUGGAUCAUCUGCAUUUGCUCUGAGACAUGCUUUAGAUUGUUUUUCUGGAAACCCUGUGACUACUCUAAAAGUUGAAUGUAUUUUAGAACAUACCUAUGGUGAAGCGACUUCCAGUCAUUUGGAAAGGAUGGGAUGAAAAAGAACCUCGGUGAUAAUUUUGAUGUCUGCAAGAUUUAGUACCAGUGUAAUGGGAUUAUCGGUAACACCUUCACUGCAGAAAAAGCCACCUGGCGCUGUAACUGGCAGCAACUGAGAACUAAUCCUUUCCCAUCUCUUGGAUGUCAUUCAUGAAGCUCAAAGCGAUUUCUGCCCUGCUAACUGUGAUUAAUUUUAUAAACAACAACAAAAAAAUCAGGCCAAUGGUAGCAGACUCAACAUAGAACUAUGCUUCGUGGUGUUCUGGGAAAAACCUUUCGACUUGUUGGCUAUACUAUUCAGUAUGGCUGUAUAGCCCAUUGUGCUUUUGAAUACGUUGGUGGUGUUGUAAUGUGUUCUGGACCAUCAAUGGAGCCUACAAUUCAUAAUUCAGAUAUUGUCUUUGCAGAAAAUCUUAGUCGACAUUUUUAUGGUAUCCAAAGAGGUGACAUUGUGAUUGCAAAAAGUCCAAGUGAUCCAAAGUCAAAUAUUUGUAAACGAGUAAUUGGUCUGGAAGGAGACAAAAUCAUCACCACUAGUCCAUCAGAUUUCUUUAAAAACCGUAGUUAUGUGCCAAUGGGUCAUGUUUGGCUAGAAGGAGACAAUCUACAGAAUUCUACAGAUUCCAGGUACUAUGGACCCAUUCCAUAUGGACUAAUACGAGGACGAAUUUUCUUUAAGAUCUGGCCCCUGAGUGAUUUUGGAUUUCUACGUGAAAGCCCAAAUACUGAAAGAUUUGCUGAUGAUUAGCAAACACUUAUUCUUUUUGACUUGAUUAUUGUCUCCUGUUCAAGUGAAUUUAUACUGCAGCUGAAACCAUGUACUUGCCAAUAAACUAUCUGCAAUUCA